AUGCAGGCAGCGGCGGCCGCGUCCUUCUGGCUGCUCUGCGUCUUAGGGACCUGCCCCCUGGCGCGCUGCGGUCCGGCAGGAGACGCCUCACUGAGAGAGCUGGAGAGGAGGGACGAAAACCGCUUCCUGGAGCGCCAGAGCAUCGUGCCACUGCGCCUCAUCUACCGCUUGGGCGGCGAGGACGAAACUUGGCACGACCGCCUCAACACACGGGUGCGGGGCCACCCUGGCGGCAGACAGUUGACUCAUGUGGACAAGGCAAGCUUCCAGGUGGAUGCCUUUGGAACAUCGUUCAUUCUUGAUGUCCGGCUAAACCAUGAGUUGCUGUCCUCUGGUUAUGUCGAGAGACACAUUGAACGUGGAGGCAAAGUCGUGGAAAACAAAGGGGGAGAACAUUGUUACUACCAGGGCCAGAUCCGAGGAAACCCUGGCUCAUUUGUUGCCCUGUCAACGUGCCACGGACUCCAUGGGAUGUUCUUUGAUGGGAACCACGCGUAUCUCAUCGAACCGGAAGAAAACGAGACCGCCCACGAGGACUCUCAGUUUCACUUGGUUUACAAAUCCAGACUGUUUGAGUUUCCCGUGGAUGACCUCCCAACUGAAUUUCAACAAGUAAAUAUUACUCCACCAAAAUUUAUUUUGAAGCCAAGACUAAAGCGGAGUAAGCGACAGCUUCUUCGAUUUCCCCGUAAUGUAGAGGAGGAAACCAAAUACAUCGAACUGAUGAUCGUGAAUGAUCAUAUCAUGUUCAAAAAGCAUCGGCUUUCUGUUGUACACACAAAUACCUACGCAAAGUCUGUGGUGAACAUGGCAGAUAUGAUCUAUAAAGACCAACUUAAGACUAGGAUAGUAUUGGUUGCCAUGGAAACCUGGGCUGCUGACAACAAGUUUGCCAUCUCUGAGAACCCGCUGGUCACCCUGCGCGAGUUUAUGAAGUACAGGAGGGAUUUUAUCAAAGAGAAGAGUGACGCCGUUCAUCUUUUCUCGGGAAGUCAAUUUGAGAGUAGCCGGAGCGGCGCAGCCUAUAUUGGUGGGAUUUGCUCGCUGCUGAGAGGAGGCGGUGUGAAUGAAUUUGGAAAAACCGAUUUGAUGGCGGUCACACUUGCUCAGUCGUUAGCACACAAUAUCGGUAUCAUCUCAGACAAGAGAAAAUUAGCAAGUGGUGAGUGUAAAUGUGAGGACACAUGGUCUGGAUGUGUAAUGGGAGACACCGGCUACUAUCUCCCUAAGAAGUUCUCUCCGUGCAGCAUUGAGGAGUAUCACGACUUCCUGAAUAGUGGUGGCGGCGCCUGCCUCUUCAACAAGCCUUCUAAGCUUCUCGAGCCUCCCGAGUGUGGAAAUGGCUUCAUUGAAACCGGGGAGGAGUGUGACUGUGGCACCGCUGCGGAAUGCGCCCUUGAAGGGGCAGAGUGCUGUAAGAAGUGCACCUUGACCCAGGAUUCUCAAUGCAGUGAUGGUCUCUGUUGUAAAAAAUGCAAGUUUCAGCCUUUGGGGACUGUGUGCCGAGAAGCAGUCAAUGAUUGUGAUAUUCGUGAAAUAUGUUCAGGAAAUUCAAGCCAGUGCGCCCCCAAUGUACAUAAAAUGGAUGGGUAUCCCUGUGACGGUACUCAGGGAAUUUGCUUUGGAGGAAGGUGUAAAACCAGAGACAGACAGUGCAAGUACAUCUGGGGGCAAAAGGUAACGGCAUCAGACACGUACUGUUACGAGAAGCUGAACACCGAGGGGACCGAGAAGGGUAACUGUGGAAGAGACAAGGACACCUGGAUACAGUGCAGCAAACGGGAUGUACUUUGUGGUUACCUUUUAUGCACCAAUAUUGGCAAUAUCCCAAGGCUUGGAGAACUCGAUGGUGAAAUCACAUCUACAUUAGUUGUGCAGCAAGGAAGAACAUUAAACUGCAGUGGCGGGCAUGUUAAACUUGAAGAAGAUGUCGACCUUGGCUACGUGGAGGACGGGACGCCCUGCGGCCCUCAGAUGAUGUGCCUGGAACAUAGGUGUCUUUCUGUGGCCUCCUUCAACUUCAGCACUUGCUUGAGCAGUAAACCAGGCACCAUUUGCUCAGGGAACGGGGUCUGUAGCAAUGAGCUCAAGUGCGUGUGCAACAGGCACUGGACAGGUGCCGACUGCAGCACCCACUUUCCUCACAAUGAUGAUGCAAAGACUGGCAUCACCCUGUCUGGCAACGGUGUUGCUGGCACUAAUAUCAUAAUAGGAAUAAUUGCUGGCACCAUUUUAGUGCUGGCCCUCAUAUUAGGAAUAACUGCCUGGGGUUAUAAAAACUAUCGAGAACAGAGACAGUUACCGCAGGGAGAUUAUGUAAAAAAGCCCGGAGAUGGCGACUCUUUUUAUAGCGACAUCCCUCCCGGAGUCAGCACAAACUCAGCAUCUAGUUCUAAGAAGAGGUCUGCCUUUCUGUCGCGUUUUCAGAUUUCCACCCGUUCCAUCACACAUUAUUCCAUUAGUCAGAACAUUUCAUUAUUUUGCAGCAGGUCGAACGGGCUCUCUCAUUCUUGGAGUGAGAGGAUUCCAGACACAAAACAUAUUUCAGACAUCUGUGAAAAUGGCAGACCUCGAAGUAACUCCUGGCAAGGUAACCUGGGAGGCAACAAAAAGAAAAUCAGAGGCAAAAGAUUUAGACCUCGAUCUAAUUCAACUGAGUAUUUAAACCCAUGGUUCAAAAGAGACUAUAAUGUAGCUAAGUGGGUAGAAGAUGUGAAUAAAAACACUGAAGGACCCUACUUUAGGACCCUGUCUCCUGCCAAGUCUCCUUCUUCAUCCACUGGGUCUAUUGCCUCCAGCAGAAAAUACCCGUACCCGAUGCCUCCGCUUCCUGAUGAGGAGAAGACAGUGAACCGACAGAGUGCCAGGCUAUGGGAGACGUCCAUUUGA